AUGGAGGCUAUUCAUGCCAAGCUAAUUCAACUUGAGAGGCAACUGGAGCAAAGGGAUAAAGCCCUAGUGCUCACCGCACGGCAGCUGAACAUGAAACUACAAGCAGGGGAGAAGCUCGCAAAGGAAGACCAUCAACGUCUUUAUGCAGUAAUGACGAAUGUGAGAAAUAUUCUGGAUGAGGAAGGGAAAAGGAUGAAAGUUCCAUUGCUAGACCUCUUCAAAAGAGAGCAGGCUAACAACAAAGAGCUCCAAGAGAAUCGCCAUGAGUUGAUUCAGGGUUUUGAGAACAUGCCGAUUAGUGGGGGUGCCGUUGUUGGAAUCAAAAGGAUGGGCCAACUUGAUGAAAAUCCUUUUCGUGCCGCAUGCAAUUUGAAAUACAGGGACAAUGAUCCAGAGGGCAAAGCUGCAAGGUUGGUCCUGUAUUGGCAGGAGGAAAUACAGAAGCCAUCAUGGCGUCCGUUUACUAAUAUUCAGGUCGAUGAAGAAGAUAAGGAGGUUAUAGAUGACAAUGAUCCAAAACUAAGCAAUCUGCGGUUUCAGUAUGGCGACAGGGUCUGCAAUGCAGUGAAGGAUGCACUGAGAGAGCUCAACAAGUAUAGUCCUGACGAGCGGUGCAUCAUGAAUGAGAUCUGGAACUUCCGGGAAGGGCGGAAAGCAACGAUGACAGAGGUGAUCACCUGCAUUCUGGAGCAGCUGGCAGUGGCGGGCCCAGGAUUGCGAGGACAGGAAUUCAAGGUUCCCCCCAAAAAAUGUUCAAAUUCAAUAUAA